UGGCAGAGAAGAUGACAGACGAUCGAUUUUUUUAAAGUUGUCAUAAAUAAGGUUAUGAUCCUAUUUAUGGUUUCAAUAUUUAUUUAAUUUAUCAAUUAAUAAAUAAAAGUACAGUAAUGUGUUAAGAAUUACCGUGCCAUACCAUAAACAAAAUGUUAUACGAUGAUUUUAAACCUAUUGUGGACUUACUUCUUAAUAACUGGACAGCAUUGCAAUUAGCUGUUGAACAUGGAAUGGGUGCACCAGGAGGUAUAAAGACUGCUCAGCUGAUGUCAGUAUACAUAGCAAGAUAUUGUGUAGAGAACAUUGUUGACAGGGAGGAUCUCACAGAAUUGUUGGAAGAUUUGAUGGAUGAAGAGUUUGAUACUGCAUGCCAUGACAACUCAACUAAAGAAAUAGCAACGCUACUCUUAUUAUACCUUGAACUACUAAAAGAAGGCAGACAUGAUGAGCUCCGGGCUAGAAUAGAAGCAUUGCCUAAAUGUCAGAUCUGGCUAAGUGUACCCAUGCAUUCUUCAGUGCCGCCACAAUGCCAUGGAAAUCCUGAUGAUGAUAGUACCAGUAGCAGUGAAGAUGACAAUGAUAACUGCAAUGAUCAAACGCAAAACAUGAAUGGUGGUGAAGCAUCAUCAUCAAGACAGAACAAUGAUACCGUUGAACCCAUGGAUGAAGAUCAGGAUCCAGGAUGGAUGGUAGUUAGAAGUAGAAGGAAAAAAUGAAAUAUAUGUUAUAAUAUUUAUUUAUAUCUCAAUAAAAUGUGCAUGCAUUUAAAUGCCCUAGACUUACAAAAAGAAGAGAAAAAUCACCAGCACAAGUUACCUAAAGUCUCACUGUUAAAGAUGUUCUCUUAACUAUAAUUAGGAAUGUUAGUUUGUAUAUUUGUUGAUGAAUAAAAAAAAACUUAAACAUAGACAAAAAUAUGAAUGUCUGUUCUUCUAAAACAGA